AUGGACGUCGACGUAUCCAAGGCGCGCUCAAUACUUCCAGAAGAAAGAGCACUUGAGGGCGGGACAAGGAGACAGAGUCCGUUUCGUGAACCAAAUAGGAUGAAGGUCACGAUAAAGAUGAUCAGGGACGCGUGUGGAGAGUCGAGAGACCAAGGGAGGCUAGUAAUCAACGGGAGCCAGGUGUUCACGGUCGAGCUAUGCGGGAUGCUGACAAGAAUCGAACAACAUGAACGGUGGACGGACUAUGAGAUAUACGAUGGCACCGGCAGCAUAAGAUCGCGUAUUUGGCCUAGAGACGAGGACGGCUACACUGACAUGAGUGGGUCAAGAGUUGGGGGGUACUACGCCGUUAACGGCACAUGCACAGUGAUAGACGGCGAUGCGAUGAUUAACACUUUGAUCGCCAGGGAGGUGACCAACUACAACUCCGUGACUGAACACAUGUUGAGCGUCAUACAUGAGCAUCUGGAGCUUGGACACCGACUCAGUUCAAACAGAAUUGUAGACAGAAUGGGGACAAAGGCGCAAUUAGACAUCGACAAGGAAGGUGUUCUCAUGCUACUUUCAAGUGAUGAGGAAAGGGAAAAGGAGGAUGGGUUGACGGAGGAUUACAUCAGGGCGAAAAUGGGCCUAGAUAGGGACAACAUGAGGAAGGUCCUGGAUGGAUUGAUCAACGAAGGGCUAGUUUACAACACGGUGGACGAGUAUCACUACAAGAUGGCAGGGUAG